CCCCUCGCGCUUCCAUUGCUCCUAAAACUCUUUCUGUUUCUGUUUCUGUUUCUAAAUCAAUCCUUAUAUUUUGCGAUUUUCGUCAAGCGCCGUUUCUUAAAGUCCACGUUUCUGAAUAGCCUCUGUUUUGUCGAGAUAUUUUUUGGAAAUUUUGAAACAGUUAUUUCUGUGCUCUCGAAUAGCUCAGAUCUGUGGCUGUUUCGGCUUUUCGCUGCUCUUUACUGUCAAAAUGUCUCUGCCGUUUUUCUUGUAACGGCAGCGGCUCAGGGAAAACUUAAAUAGCUUCUGAAUCGAAAACUGUCGAAUGAGUUUUAUGAAAACGUGUUUUCUUUACUUUCAAAAGGUUAGUUCUCAGGUGCCACCUGAAACCGCGAUGAACGUCGAUUUUACUGCGGAAAUGGCUCCUCCUAUUGAGACACCAAACAAGGUUUCUAACUAUCAACAGACCCCACACCCUCCUCUCAAUGAAAGGAUUCUUUCAUCCAUGACCAGGAGAUCUGUUGCUGCACACCCGUGGCAUGAUCUUGAGAUAGGACCUGAAGCUCCAAAGAUCUUCAACUGUGUGGUCGAAAUUGGGAAAGGAAGCAAGGUGAAAUAUGAACUCGACAAGAAAACUGGACUUAUUAAGGUUGAUCGUAUUCUGUACUCGUCAGUUGUAUAUCCUCACAACUAUGGGUUCAUCCCACGUACUAUUUGUGAGGACAGCGACCCAAUGGAUGUCUUGGUUAUCAUGCAGGAGCCAGUUCUUCCCGGAUGCUUUCUUCGGGCCAAAGCUAUUGGACUCAUGCCUAUGAUUGAUCAGGGUGAGAAAGAUGACAAGAUUAUUGCUGUCUGUGCUGAUGAUCCUGAGUACCGGCAUUACAAUGAUAUCAAGGACCUUCCUCCACACCGUCUAGCUGAAAUUCGUCGUUUUUUCGAAGAUUACAAGAAGAAUGAGAACAAGGAAGUUGCAGUAAACGACUUUCUUCCUGCCUCAUCUGCCUAUGAAGCGAUCAAGCAUUCCAUGACCUUGUAUGCGGACUACAUUGUGGAGAGCUUGAGGCGGUAGUGUUGAUGCUUUGGAUUUUGCUUGGUCAUGCGUGAAGACGUAUAUUAAAGGCUGCUAUUUUAUAAUUAUGAUUAUGACGAAAACAAAAGCUUUCUGUCCUUGUCGCGUGUACAUUGGUCUCAGGGCUGUUUUGCACAUGUGCUUAAUUGAGUGAAUGAUUUUUUCAUUUAUUAAUGUCAAAGUUUUAUAUUUUCGCCCAAUCUGCCAAAAGUUUGGUGCAUACUGGAUUUUUAGUUCAUACAUCUUAUAAAGUAUUUUUACAACAAUUAUUUGUAACAUGUUUUCUGUGCUUACGGAUAUUGCUGCCCAAGAAAAUUUGCAUUGAA